UUGUAUAUGACCCAUCAUUCCCCCCAUUCUCGUAAAGGAGGUAGGUGAAUAGGUGAGCAGUAUCUGUGUGAAAGGAAGAACUUGUUGCUGAAAGCAAGGACUUCAGAGGGUCGAAUUGUGUAGUGUGCAUAUUUCUGUAUAUGUACGAUAAUUCGUACGAUAGUAUUGUAAAAGAGGGGAUGUCUCGCGUUCCACGAACAUACUAAACUCUACUUUCUUAUAUCCGAAGAGGAGGCAAGUCGUCAAGGUAGAGUCAGUGAUUACGCGGCGUGUCCACAGAUCUUUCUAUAUUGGUUUGACGUAUUCAUUAUUUAUAAUUUUACUUUACUGAGCAGCAUGGCCAAAGAUUGGAGAACUAUUUUCGUAACCGGAGGAGCUGGUUACAUAGGAAGUCACUGUAUUGUCGAACUUUUGGAGAGUGGAUAUGAUGUGGUUGCAAUAGAUAAUUUUGCUAAUAGCGUUACUGAAAGUAGCGGUGAAUCCGCAGCUCUUAAAAGAGUGGAACAAAUUACAGGGAAGAAAGUUACAUUUUACAAUUGCGAUCUCAUCGAUCGUGACAAACUUGAAACAGUUUUUAAAAAGCACAAAAUAGAUUGUGUAAUUCAUUUUGCGGCAAUAAAGGCGGUUGGUGAAUCAAUGCAAAUUCCACUUCAUUAUUAUCGGAAUAAUAUUAUCGGUGCCAUCAAUUUGUUAGAGGUAAUGAAAGCUGCUGGGUGUUUCCAAUUAGUGUUUAGCAGUUCUUGUACCGUGUACGGAGAACCAAACGUCCUUCCAAUUACGGAAGAACACCCAACGGGAAAUAUUACAAAUGUAUAUGGUAGAACAAAAUACUUUAUUGAAGAAAUGCUUAAAGAUAUAUCGAGAGCUGAAAAGAAUUGGAAUAUCAUUUCUCUAAGAUACUUUAACCCAGUAGGUGCUCAUCAAAGUGGUUUGAUUGGAGAAGAUCCUACAAAGUCAUUUACAAAUUUAAUGCCUUAUAUAGCACAAGUAGCUUUAAGACAUAAACCUGAACUCAUCAUUUUUGGUGGUGAUUACCCUACAAAAGAUGGUACAGGUAUACGUGAUUAUAUUCACGUUAUGGAUUUAGCUGCUGGUCAUGUAGCAGCUUUAAAUGCUUUACACAAGCGACAUUUGAGGCUAAAAAUUUAUAAUUUAGGUACUGGUAAAGGUGUAUCUGUACUUGAAUUGAUUAAAAUUUUUGAGAAUGUCACAGGAACAACAGUGCCAUAUGUUAUAAAAGACAGAAGAGAGGGUGAUAUUGUUUCUAUGUAUGCCAAUACAGAUUUAGCAGAAAAAGAAUUAGAAUGGAGGACUAAAUUUAAUGUCGAACGGAUGUGUGAGGAUUUCUGGAGGUGGCAAACAAUGAAUCCACAUGGUUAUCGUAAUUCAGUAAAAAAUGGUAUUAGCGAGCAUGUAAAUGGCACUUUAUAAUACCGUUACUUCAUUGUUAUUAAAGCAUGACUAAUUUAUGAUAAUAAAAUAAGUGCAAUAAAGAAAACAA